GCCCUUUUCUUUAGUCUCAAGGUCCAUUCUCUUCUCAUGUCCGAAAAAGCAAACUCCCCACUCAUUGCCGACCUCAUGUUGCCAGAACUACAGCGCCAGCUGACAGAAGAUCCUUCUCUCUGGCCUAAUGUUAAAGGUCUCUUCGUCAUUACUGUGACAAGAAAAAAGACUUCAGAGGCAGUUUGGUAUCUUUUGUUCCAGGGUAACGAGGUUGAGCCUGUGAUUACUUCAGAUGAAGCAAAUGCCCGCAAAUCUGUAAAGGGCAAGGUCCGAACCGUAAAAAUUCAAAUCGAGGACCAUAACCUGUUGAACUUUAUCACUGGAGGUAUGUCUGGUGUCAAGGCCUACAUGUCUGGUAAGAUUAAGGUCCGAGGUGAUUUGAUAUUGGCCCAAAGAUUGGAAGAAGUAUUCGAGAAGGCUGGCGGAAGAGAUCGUGCCUUGGAAUUCAUCAAGAAGAACGAAAAAAUCUUGGUGAUAUCAGGAAAAUCCAAGCUAUAAUAUUUUAUAAGAACAUUUUACGAGAAAGCCAAAGAUGCGUAAAAAAAAAGGACAAAACUUUGUGGAUAAAGUGUAUUAAAGAAAAACAGGGUCUUGUUUUAUAUAACAUAUACGGGGACCAAAUUUGAAUUAACGAGUGU